AUGGCACCUCCUGAUAUCCUUGGAUUUGAUAUACCCGUUGCAGUAUUCAGUGGCGCAGCAACGCUUUGGGCAGGCAAACUGGCUAUGAACGACAAGCGAUAUGCCAUGCGACAUACGCUUACCAUGCUCUCUGGUCUCUCAUUCUUUAUUGCCACUCUCUUGGAGCUUCUUGCUGCUGAUCAAAUGGGCUUUCCUUUUGACCUGGAUAGUUCCUAUUAUAUAAUGAAUUCAGUGGCUGUGCUUUUCGCCAUGAUUGCGCGAUACUUGCUGUGGUGCAUCCUCUUUGAGGUCGUACGCGGAACCUCAAAGACCUCUGAAGACAGUCAGCUCAGCACUAUUCCCAAGACCGCCUAUGGUUGGAGUGCACUCAUGAGCAUUUUAAUGCUUGUCUAUGUCAUCCUGGUGUUGGUCACAGGUAGUUUUGCAGCCAUUGUCAUGUAUUACAUCGGCACCUAUGGUAUCGUGAUGAUGAAUAUUCUUCAAUUGGUUCUGUCGUCUCGCCCUGGAUACUCUUUGGCCAUCAACCCAUUCCGUGGAUCAUUCCGAAUCUUUCUUCUAUUACUUUCCCUGGUUUCCCUUGGUCAAAUCUUUGGAAAUGUCUCAUUUUAUGUCCUUGAAAUGGGAGGAUUCAUGGCCCUUACUAUCCUCCAAUAUGUCUUUGGCAGCCUACUAGCAUCCAUGGCUCUUGUGUUUGUAUGUACAUGUUCAUCCAAGUGGGUGAGCUUUAGCGAUCACGACCGCCUGAACCAAGUGGGUGAUGACGAGGCACAACAACCUAUGGGCACCUAUAAUCCAGACGACGUAUACACCAGCAACAAGACCGCAGCGGAUGAUGUCGGUCGUUUCUAG